AUGUCACAAGCUGGAGAUGAAUUGCAUACUCCGAGUUAUCUCUCUUGGAGAAAACUUCAACUCAGUCGUGCCAAAUUAAAAGCUUCCAGUAAGACAUCAGCUUUACUGUCUGGUUUUGCCAUGGUUGCCAUGGUGGAAGUACAAUUAAACGAAAAAACUCAGGUUCCGCCUGAAAUGCUGGUAGCUUUCGCCAUUUGUACAACACUCCUCGUAGCCGUACACAUGCUUGCUUUAAUGAUAAGCACUUGCAUUUUGCCAAAUAUCGAUGCCGUGUGUAAUCUUCACUCGAUUAACCUGGUCCACGAAUCUCCUCACGAAAGACUUCACUGGUACAUAGAAACGGCCUGGGCUUUUUCCACCCUUUUGGGUUUGCUACUUUUUUUAGUCGAAAUCGCCAUAUUGUGUUGGGUUAAAUUUUACGAUUUUUCACAAUACGCUGCUUGGUCGGCUUGCAUCGUUUUAAUACCGGUUUUAAUUAUAUUCUUAGCUUUCGCCAUACAUUUUUACAGAUCCCUGGUUACUCAUAAAUACGAGGUAACCGUGUCGGGCAUAAGAGAAUUGGAAUUAUUAAAAGAACAAAUUGAAGCGGGUGAUAGCGAUCGAAUCAACGGUUUAAACAUGCAAGUCGUUUAA